CAUCCUGUAUAUGCCGAAACGCGUUGUCCGUUCUUUGCUAAUUAAUUAUUUAUUGUCCUGUGCCGGCCCGAGUCUGUCGUUUCGUGACCACCUGUGAGCAGCGCCUCCAUCUAUAAUGGUGACUUUUGCUAUGAUCAGAAUGUUUUUCUGUAGGGUACUUUAUGAUUAGUCUCCAGUGUCUAAACCUGUAACACAGAACACAAGUGGAUAGAACAGUUGUCCGAGGGUGCAGGGCGCUUACUACACAAGUUCCCAGGUUACAGCACUUUUAUUGAUGAAGUCUACCCGACUUGUUGUAAUAAGAGAUAGGAUAGGUGUUGGUGGUCAGCUCUGCAUCCCCUAAAAGGUUCUCUGCUACACCUCGUGCAGCUGUCCCGCGACACUUCACCCAGACAAGCUGCAGCCUUUUUAAAAAUAGCAUCAAACUGCCUGUCAUCUGAGCUCUGAGCAAUGGCCGUGCAGUGCCAGCCAUUUACAUGCUUCCACACAAUACAUGGCACUAACGUUCGGAUCGACUCUUCGGGUACUCAAGCUACCAGAGUCGAGAGCUUUGCUAAUGGCAUUUGCUUCAGUCGAGAACCCCUGGUACCCGGGCAGCUGUUUUUGGUGGAAAUUGAAGAAAAAGAAUUGGGCUGGUGUGGGAACCUAAGAGUUGGGCUUAUGGCCCGAGAUCCUCGCAGCUUAGAGAUAUUACCAGAGUAUUCCUUACCGGAUCUUGUAAACCAGGGCGAGAGCUGGAUAUUUGCCAUCACUCGGAACCACAAUAGGGUGAUACCGGAUGGUGAGGAGAACAUAUCAACUUUGGGAAAACACCUCUCGGAACCGUAUCUAAAAGUGGGCAAGAUUAAAAUUCCUCGUGACAAACUGAUAGCGCGGAGUAAGCCCGGUCGGUACAGCCACAUCCUGGACGAGUUGUACAAAACCAAUAUUCUGCCCCCUACUGCUCGCAGAAGCCGGAUCGGGGUGCUGUAUGAGACCCAGGCGGAUGGCACUUGUCACAUGCACAUUAUCAUUAAUGGAGAAGACAUGGGCGUCUGCGCUCGUGGGAUACCAACAAAUCAACCAUUAUAUGCCGUGGUCGACGUCUUUGCCUCCACCAAGAGCGUCCGAGUGAUCCAGUUAGAAUACGGCUGUAUGUAUUAUAUCUGGGGGAUGGGUGGGAUUGCCAGUGACUUCAAUGUAUUUUACUCUGCACUGUUCGCACUGCGUAAAUUCCGCUCGCGGAAUAACGUUCCGCUAGAAGAAAGAACAUGUUCAUUCUUCUUGCGGAACACGCGAGCAGAAGUCCAUUGAAGUUAAUGUUAAAAAAAAUUUCCACUUGAAAUCGUUUCCGCACG